AUGUCUACGCUGGACACAUGGUCCACUUUAAAAGCUCAAAUCAACCGUGUUGGGAAGAAAUCCAAAGAAAGUUUCCGUAAUCCACAAGACACCAUAGCAGAUUUUCAAAGAAAAACGCGAAACUUUAUGUAUGUUGGAGAUUCUUUCUGCAAUUUUUUUUCAAAUAAAUGUCUGUCGUGAAAAGGCGACCUUUUUCGCAAUUUGUAGAACUUCAAGUUUUUAAUUUUUUGCACUAGAAACCUUUUGAAUAAGUAUGAAUUUUUGCAGAGAACAAAAAGAUUUUGCUUCGGCCGGGUACUGCUUUGCUGAAAUAGCCGCCCUUCACAGCCUCGAUAGGCCAAUCGAAUCUCAUCGAGCUCAUCUUUCAGCCGCCAGAGCUCUUCUACAAGCCCAUCAUGCUCAUUUCUCGGCAGGAAAUACAAGUUGGACCUUAUUUUCAUACCGCUGUUUCAAAUUUUACAUGAAUUACAUAAGAGAAUUUUCGCAGUCAACAUGUACUACCGCUCGGACAUUCUUUCUCAUUACAACAAAGCGAUAGAAAUAAGUACGGAAAUGAAAAUGAACACAGUCGCAGGUUGGUUUUGCAUUUAAAGUAUAUAUCCUUUGAUGUCAUUAUCAUUUUAUCACAGAAAUGCUUCAAAUUUUAGGUAGAAAUUUAAUGGAAGCAACAGAGGCGAGUAUUUACUUGGGAUUAAACGACAACGCACAAAAAUAUAUUGAUGACGGUACGUUUUUUUUUUAAAUUUUUCAAUAGUUUUUUGCGACCUUGGUCAUUUAAUGGCGGCUAGGAGCUUCGUAAGGGAUAGCUUAUUUUUUUAAAAUUGGUCAAAAAUAUUUUUCGAAGCAUUUUUCUGGUGUAUAAAUAUAGUUUUGAAAAUAGAAAAUUUUUAGUUGUUUCUAGUACCUCCAAAAAAAUUUUUUAAAGUACUUCACGGGCGAUUCAUAGAAAAGAAACGUUCUUCAGAGCAACUGAUAAUGACGUGGAAACAAAUUAAUGAUAACUUCGACGGUGUUGAGCUGUUUUUCAUAAAGGCUUAAAAUGGAGAUACAAGUUCACAAUGUCACACGUUUAUUUAGCUUAAUCUAGUCUAUUCAGCUAUCCUUUGUUAGAAAAUGUAAUGAAGGUAGAAUUAAUGGCCGAUUGUGGAAUAAAAUGGCUUGUAGUUCAUUUUGUCUUUUUUAUUAAAAGUUUUGAACGUGUGACAAUGCUUGCUUUUUUAUGAGAACAAAAUGGGAAUUAUUCUAACAAUACAUUAUUUCCAGCUUGUGAGCAGUUGAACUCCGCACCCAUGUUCAACGUCCUGGCGUAUAAAAUGAGGUUGAAAGUCCAGCUCGUCCGUCGUCAAAUUGAUGAUGUUGGAUUAAAAGUCAAUUUUUUCGAAAUCGUAUGUCUUUUUUCAGGCUCUUGCGACGGUUGACUUUCUCUGGAUGACUUUUAUGAAAGUCCAAGAAGAGUUAGUUUUUUAAUUUCACUCAGUAAAAAUGAUUCAAACUUUAGUAGCCUCAUGAAACAAGAAAUUCUGCAAGAUUGUGAGGUCAUCACAAUGGUUCUGCUGAUUCAUGCUCGAGUGAGUUUUCGCUGGAAAUUAUGAAGUUUGGUAAGAUUUUCAGGAUGAAAUGGUACCCGUCGGUCGUAAUAGACUUUUGCUGGAGCUCUACAGUUUUCUUCCCGUAUGUUUUGUUUCCAAUUUUCCAGAAAAUAGUUUCAAUUUUCUCAAAAAUGCUGAAAGAAAAGUUUAUCUGCCUCUAGGUUGCAUUGUUUUCUGCUCUUUAAAAUAUUUUCGAGUUCAUGUAACCUCCUGGUCAAGAAUUGAAGGUUUUUUUACGACUUCAAAAGGAGUUUUUUUCUUGGAAUUUGAUCAAUACUCAACCGUGGUUAAAUGUUUUCUCAAAUUUCUUGAGUCAUAACUGUGAUUUAUUACUGUAACCACAAAAAAAAGUCUCGAAGUGCAGUGAGUUACACAUUUUUUUAUCUGUAAUUCACGAUUUCGCAGAGUACCCGGCCAGUAAAACGAGAAGACGUAUCAAAUCUGGAGGAGAAAGAAAUGCGGCAACUGCAAAGAGUCUUGUACUACUUUGCUUCCAAGAACUUUGCAAAGGUGCCGACUAUCGACUUUUCUCAUCAGAAACAAUGGAAAACAAGUUUAGAUGGCCGAGAUGCUGUCGCGAGAAGACCAACCUCUCUUCUUCUCGCCUUUCGCCACGCAGAUUUGCCGUCAUUUCGCGGAAGGGAUUCCUCUCUUCCAAGGCUUUGUAAUCGAUCAUAGAUUCUCGUUAUGAAUUGAUUUCCCUUUCCGAUUGCAGCUAAGAAUUUUAAAUUCACUUAUUGAUUUAUUUUUAAUUUUAUCGUCGCUAUUGUAAAGAUUACGCUAAAAAAAUUUUUUUCCUUGUCAAACUUUUUCAUGACGACCUUUGAAUAUACAGACGGUGACUAAAAUUUAUUUUUUUAUUAAAAAAAUUGAGAAUAUUUUUUUAUACUCAUCUUCUUCUCGCAAAUUUAUUUCCGACAAAAAGUUAUCCCAUAUUUUCAUUUCACGGGUUACAUUCCGUUCCAGUGUUGUUUAAUCAAGAAAGUUACCUCACUAUAUUAUAUGAUUAUUCUCUGUGAUACUUGUUUUUUGUUAUUUUGCACUCUCUGAAGUUUUUAUUUUCUAUUUUAUACCCUGACUCUCAAUUUGAAUACAGGUGAUUUUAUGUCAAUGUUAGUGAUCUAAUAGACCUUUGCAAUUUUUUUCUAGUCUUGGAGAUUUGUAAAUUUUGAAAAACUUAAAACAAAUGAGCUUGUGGAUUGAGUUGGCAAAAUUAUAUCUAAUAGUUCAAUCAUAAAACCCCAAAAAAACUAUUUAUUCUAAACUUAUUGUUUUUUUUUAAAGAUUCAUUGAUCCUUUUUUCAAUAAUGACUGGCUUCCUGGAGUUGGUCGUUCCCCAUGGCAACUGAAAGCAUUCAGGUGAACAAUUUUUUGGCUUUUUUUACCGCUCUCCCCAUCACUACUGCUGUCAUUGUGAAUUUCUUUCUUGUUUGUCGCUUUGAUAAAUAUUAUAUUAAUAUAUUGUCAACAAAAAAAAAACACUGUUCAGAUGUCGAACGUUGCGAUAGUGAGUAAUUUCGAAAUUCCGCCGCCGGACAAAUUAUCACUCGAGUUGUUUGUCAUCGAGAAGAAAAUUGGAAAAGGCCAAUUCAGUGAAGUUAGCUUUAAUUUUUCAAUCAAUAGAAAUGUUCUGCUAAGUGAAGAGAGUGCGAAAGAAAAAUUUGCAGCAAGUGAAGGUUUUUCAUAGAAAAAAAGGCAGCAUCCAAUAAGUUCCCACAAAUAUAAUUGUAUUUUUCAAUUAUUUUUAAACGUUAUUUGAAUUUCAAUAAUUCAAAAAAAAUUUUCCAGGUUUUUUUCGAGCUCAAUGCAAAUGGAUAAAAGACACUCAAAAACAACACGUAGCUUUGAAAAAAAUACAGGUUUUUCUUGCUUAUUUUAUGUUGAGAUUUGAGUUGAAUUUCCAGGUUUUUGAAAUGGUUGACCAGAAAGCUCGACAAGAUUGCUUAAAAGAAAUUGAUCUGUUGAAACAGUUGAAUCAUGUGAACGUUAUAAGGUUCCAAAGAAGAAAUAAUCGCAAACAAAUUUCUUUCAGAUAUUAUGCUUCCUUCAUUGACAACAACCAGCUUAACAUUGUCCUAGAGUUAGCUGAGGCAGGAGAUAUGAGCAGAAUGAUCAAGGUUUGAUUUGCCGUUUGUCGAGGUACUUCAUGAAAAGAACUCUUUGUUAUUAGGGAAUAGGUAGCUCAUGUGACAGGAAACAUGAAAAACUCUUUACACAAUUCCUUCCAAAGUUUGCGACUAAAAUUUAUAAUUCUUCUUCUAAAAAAUUUUCUGAAUCCCUGACGCUCUCACAGUAUUUGCUAUAGAGCACUGGAACAUUCUCAUCUUGUUUUCAGCAUUUCAAAAAAAGCGGAAGAUUGAUACCGGAAAGGACCAUCUGGAAGUAUUUCGUGCAGUUGGCCAGAGCAUUAGCGCACAUGCACUCGAAAAGAAUCAUGCAUCGAGGUAUGAUUUUAAUAUUAAAACAUUUUCAUCAAUAAAAAAUGCGAAAAAGAGAGUAAAAACAAAUGUUUAACUCUUAGAUGGUAGAUAAUUGAUGGGUAUCCUAUAUAUUUAGAAGCCAAAAUUGAAAAAAAUGUAAACUUUCAAUUCAAAAAAAUUGGUUGAAAAAGUCCCCGGAAAAAAACGAUGAAAAAAAGCGGAACUUUCUUAAUUUCGAAAAAUUCCAUUCAGAUAUAUCUUUUUCCGACCUUUUGAAAGUAAAAAACAUAAGAAAAAGUCGUAUUGCUAGUGAUAAACUAUUACCUUCAUCAAAUAAUCCGGAAAAAAUGAAUAAAGAAAACCUUUUUUUGAAUUCAGCUUUUGAGAAGUAAACUGUUUGAAGUUUAAGAAGCUUCACAGUCUCUCCUUUUAAAAGUUCAUCAUGAAACACCAGAAAUGAGUUUUUUUUGUCUCAUUUGAGUUUUCUCCCUACUCACGCUUUUUUGGAGACAUAUUUCAAACUCUUCUUUUUUUCGCAGAUAUAAAACCCGCAAACGUCUUCAUAACAUCUACGGGAGUCGUCAAGCUAGGAGACCUCGGAUUGGGAAGAUUUUUCUCUUCAAAAACAACCGCCGCCCAUUCACUUGUGGGAACGCCUUAUUACAUGGUAGAAACGACCUCAAAAAAAAAACGAUUAUUUGAUUUUCCAGUCACCCGAGAGAAUUCAAGAAUCAGGCUAUAAUUUCAAAUCGGAUCUCUGGUCCACAGGAUGUCUUCUUUAUGAAAUGGCGGCGUUGCAGUCUCCCUUUUACGGCGAUAAGAUGAACUUGUAUUCAUUGUGUAAGAAGAUUGAGAACUGCGAAUAUCCACCGUUGCCUGGCGAUAUUUAUUCAACACAGGUCGGUAUGAAUGUGAAAAUAGAGACCGAAAAAAAGUGAAGAAUGUUUCUCAUACUUGAGAAGACCUCUACCAUAACUUAUAGGAAAGCGAACUUUUUCUGUUCAAGAUUUAUUUGAAUAGGCUCAAAUUUUGAAAAACCAAGUUCUCUAUAUUCUACUGAAAAUUUUGUUUAAAUUUAGCUCAGAGAUCUGGUUUCACGCUGCAUACUUCCGGAUGCUUCGAAAAGGCCCGAAACCACAGAAGUCCUCGAGGUUCGUUAGUUUUUGAGCCGGCUCUUAGAAGCGAAAAAAGAACGGAGUAAAUGGGUUUUCAAGCAUCUUUUUUAGGUGGCCGAGCACAUGAACGCCUACUUCCAGAGACAACAGCCGACGCAACAGACCGAAUAG